AUGGCGUCUGUCGAGGCGGAGAAGACCGAAAUCAAGGAGGAGGGGGUCAUUGAGGCCGCCACCGAACUCCAGAAAGACCCCGAGUCCAAGGUCAACCCCGACACCGUCGAAGAGAACCUCGUCGAGAAGUCGCGCCAGGCCGGCGCCGCCGCAUACCAAUUCGACCCGGAUGCCUCGCCCGAGGAUAAGGCGGCCGCCGCGGAGGGGCGAGUCCCGCCCGGAUUUCACCACCAGAAGAAGCCCAAGGGCAUGUCGGUGAUUACAGACCAGGAUACCGGAAAAGCAGAUUACGACCUUCCGCCCCCGCAAUCGGCGACGGCCCUCAUAGCAGAGGAUGCCAAUGCGAUCGCAGAGGGCAAGCCUAGCGGCGCCGACGAUGACAUGCGCUGGGCGCGCAACCGCACUGGCUGGGAACCCAAGUUCCUCACCGAACAGACCGAGGAAGAGCAGGCUGAGGGCACAUUGCUCGACCACGAGACAUUCUUGGAGGGCCGCCUCCCCGACAAGUUCUUCGGCGAUUGGUACCACAAUGCCGCGAUCAUUGUCUUUGCCUGCUUGUCCUCCUGGCUCAUCGCGGCCCUCGGCGGCGGUGUUGGCUGGGUGCUCUUGGUGAUGGCCGCAUGCAGCACCUACUACCGCACGUCGAUCCGUCGGGUGCGCCGCAACUUCCGUGACGACAUUAACCGGGAGAUGUCCAAGGCGCGUCUGGAGACCGAUACCGAGAGUCUGGAAUGGAUCAACAGUUUCUUGGUCAAGUUCUGGCCGAUUUAUGCGCCCGUGCUCUGCGAUACCAUCAUCAACUCGGUCGACCAGGUCCUGAGUACCUCCACGCCGGCUUUCCUCGACAGCCUCCGCCUGAAGACCUUCGUGCUUGGUACCAAGCCCCCUCGUCUCGAGCAUGUCAAGACCUACCCCAAGACCCAGCCCGACACUGUCAUUAUGGACUGGAAGUUCAGCUUCACGCCCAACGAUGUGAUGGAUUUGACGGCCCGCCAGCUCAAGGACAAGAUUAACCCCAAGGUUGUGCUGGAAGUCCGCGUCGGUAAAGGUGUGGUCAGCAAAGGUCUGGACGUGAUUGUCGAGGAUAUGGCUUGCUCCGGUUUGAUGCGCGUCAAGGUCAAGCUUCAGAUUCCUUUCCCUCAUAUUGAGCGUGUGGAUGUCUGCUUCUUGGAUAAGCCCGAAAUCGACUACGUCUGCAAGCCGCUGGGAGGUGACCAUCUCGGCUUUGAUAUCAACUUUAUUCCCGGUCUCGAGACGUUCAUCAAGGAGCAGAUUCAUAACAACCUGCAGCCCAUGAUGUACGACCCGAACGUGUUCCCCAUCGAAAUCGCCAAGAUGCUGGCUGGCAACCCGGUCGACCAGGCCAUUGGUGUCGUCGCAGUCACUCUACACGGUGCGCACCAGCUCAAGAACCCCGACAAAUUCUCUGGUACUCCCGAUCCGUACGCCGUGGUGUCCCUGAACAACCGGACCGAGCUUGGCCGCACCAAGACGGCGCACGAUACCGACAGCCCCCGCUGGAACGAGACGAUCUAUGUUAUUAUCACUUCUUUCACAGACGCCCUCACCAUCACCCCGUACGACUGGAACGAGUACCGUAAGGACAAGGAGCUCGGUGUCGCCUCUUUCGGCCUUGAUAAACUGGAACAAGAACCGUCUCACGAAGGUGUCUACCUCGAAGUCACAGCGAGCGGCCGUCACCGUGGUGCCAUUCAGGCCGAUAUCCGUUUCUUUCCUGUCAUGGAGGGUCGCAAGCUCGAGUCUGGUGAGACCGAGCCCCCGCCUGAGAUCAACACUGGUAUUGCUCAGUUCACGGUGGAACAGGCCAAGGAUCUGGACGGCAGCAAGAGUCUGGUCGGCAAGCUCAACCCGUACGGUGUGCUGUUGCUCAACGGAAAGGAGAUCCACAUCACCAACAAGCUGAAGCGGACCAACAACCCGAUUUUUCAGAAUGCCUCGAAAGAGUUCUUGGUCACUGACCGCAAGAACGCCCGUCUUGGUUUGAUCAUCAAGGAUGACCGUGAUCUCAUGGCGGAUCCCAUUAUCGGCCGUUACCAGAUCAAGAUGAACGACAUGAUCAAGAUGAUGGAGCAAGGCAAGGAUUGGUUCCAUCUUCACGGUGCCAAUGGCGGACGUGCCAAGCUGCAGCUGCAGUGGAAGCCCGUCGCGCUGGGUUCGAUCGCUGGUGGUGCUGGCUACGUCGACCCCAUCGGUGUCAUGCGCUUCCACUUCAAGAAUGCCACAGACCUGCGCAACCUGGAGGCCAUGGGCAAGUCGGAUCCCUACGCUCGUGUUUUGCUGUCUGGUAUCACCCGUGGGCGAACUGUGACUUUCCGCAACAAUCUCAGCCCCGACUGGGACGAGGUCGUGUAUGUUCCCAUCCGCAGCGCCCGCGAGAAGCUGACAGUGGAGGUCAUGGAUGAGGAGUCUAUCAACAAGGACCGUACGCUGGGUUGGGCCGAGCUGAAUGCCUCUGACUUUGUUCGCGAGACUGAGACUCCGGGCGAGUAUGAGAUUGAUGACGAGAAGCAGCUUAUCACCAGCGGCUUGCGUAUUGGUAAGGGUAGUGUCAAGGGCUACCUCAACUACACUGUCUCUUUCUUCCCCAGUGUGCCGGUCGUGAACCCCGAGGAUGAAGUCGAGGAGGAAGAAGAGGGUGAGGAGGGCGUCAAGUCUGAGGGCGCUGCCACUCCUCGCAGGAGCAUGCACUCCAAGACUGCUAGUGUGGACUCCAAGUCAUCGAAGGUUUCCAAGAUUUCCCGGACUCCGACGAACGGCAAUGCCAAUGGUGCUACGAAUGGUGAGGCCACCGCCAAUGGUCGGGCAAGUCUCGAGACUUCCAACUCUCGCCCUGCUACCACGACCUCUGAGACUGCCUCUGUUCGCUCCAUCGCGACCAUCCCCAAGACCUACGUUGCGGCUGAGGACCUCGUCAAGUACGAGUCCGGUUUUAUUGUGUUCAAGUUCCACGAGGGUCAGCUGGCGCACGGUAAUGUGCAGCUGGAGGUCCUGAUGGAUGACUAUAUGUUCCCGGCUUACACCUCGCCCAAGAUACACUCCAGCACCGUCAAGUCGAGUGAUAUCGGUGAGGCGUUUGUGCGUGAGCUCGAGUUCUCCAAGAUUACUCUGCGUCUUGUUAGCAAGGAUGACCCCAAGGAUUCAAGCGAGGAGCACACUGUUGCCCAAUUGACCGGCGACACUCUGUCUACCCUGCAGCGCAUCCUGUACACCCCCACCGAACUUGUUCUCGCCGGCAGCAACGGCGAGGUGAGCAAGGUGACCGUCAGUGCCCGCUACAUUCCCGUGCAAAUGAAGCUCGACCCCAAGGAGAGCAUCAACAACAUGGGUACACUGCGCGUGAAGGUCCUGGACGCCGCGGAUCUGCCUUCUGCCGACCGCAACGGUUUCAGCGACCCUUACUGCAAGUUCCGAAUUGGCGACGACCACAAGGAGGUGCACAAGACCAAGGUGCAGAAAAAGACUCUGCAUCCCGCCUGGAACGAGUUCUUCGAAACACCCAUCAAAACUCGCAUCGGGGCCAACUUCCACGUCGAUGUCUACGACUGGGACUUUGGUGACUCGGCCGAUUUCCUCGGUGCCUCGCCAAUUGAUUUGGAGAGCCUGACCCCCUUCGAACCGGCAGACGUCCACCUUCCACUGAACGGCAAAUCUGGUGUCAUCCACCUCAACCUCCUCUUCAAGCCCAGCUACGUCGUCCGCUCCCGCCAAGGCUCCUCCACAUUCUCCGGCACCUUCGCAGUGCCCGGUAAGAUCGUCGGUGCCCCCGUGAAGACAGUCGGAUUCCUGGGCGGCAAUGUCGUCCGCGGCGCAUCCUUCUUAAAACACGGCGUCAUGUCCCGAAUCGGACACAAGGAUAAAGGCGACGACGCCUCAAUGGCAAAUAGCAUCAUCGAGGAAGACCCCUCCGAAACCCCCACCGAACGCGGUCUGAGUCCCGCCGCAGCCCUGACAGACGCCAACGCCAACGCCAACGGCUCCCACUCGCCAACACCUUCCACUCCGCAAAAGGAACACAGCCGCAACCGCAGCACAGCCUCCACUUACGGUGACAGACUGAGCAUACUCGGCGGUACAGGCCGCGGCGAUUCCGGCACAGCACACAUCACCAUCGCGACAGCCAACGGCUUCCCUCCCACCGCCAACGUCCGCGUCAUCGUCAAGGUGCAGGGAGCCAAGGGCGCGAAGGAUGUCCACAAGACGAAGGCUAUCAAGACUUCGUCCGGUUCUAUCCAGUUCGAGGAUUCCUUUAAGGUGAAUAAUACCACCGCCGACGCGCAGUAUAGUAUCCGUGUCGUGGACCACGCGACUUUCGGGUCGGAUAGCCCGCUUGGUGAGGCGCCGUUCUUUGUCGCUAAUCAGGGCUCGGAGGAGGGUGUUGAUAAGACGAUUCCGAUUGGGGAGGGGAAUGUUACCGUCCGCUCUAGCUUUGUGCUUAAUGAGACUGCGGCUGCGAAUCUUAGGCCGACGACUAGUCAUUCGACUACUGGUCCUGCUGAGGAGGGGGCUGAGAGUCCGGAUUCGAGGAAGCCGAGGAGGAGCUUUUUGUCUAAGAGGGGGAGGGAUUGA